GCGGGCUGUCCGCGCCAUACGUGAUGCUCUCCAAUCUCUGCUGCUAUGAAUCUUAGCCCCAAAGAAUUAGGGCGUCAACCCCUAUAAAUAUGGCGGGAAUUCAAUCAAUUUGAAUUUGCUAACCUAGCCCUAGAGAUUUAGGGCUCUUCAGUGAUGAAGCUCUCGGGGCUCCAGCGUCAGGUCCUCAGUCUUUAUCGGAGCUUCCUCCGCGUCGCCCGCAGUAAGGCGCCGGAGGCGCGGCGCGAGAUGGAGGCGAUCGUGAGCGCCGAGUUCCGAAGGAAUGCGGUAGGCAUCGAGCGCAAGAAUUUCACCCAGAUCGAGUACCUGCUCAACAAGGGCUGCAAGCAGCUGGAAAUGCUCAAGAGCUCGAGCGUCAGCGGCGUUAGCAUCGUCAAGCCCAAGCAAUUUUGCGACUGAGCCCUUUCUCAGCCUUACGAAUCCUUCGACCACCAGAAGCAAUAUUGAGACGAAAGUAUUGGAGCACAACAGUCCAUCACCCACUCUCUUUUCCGUAGACGCCGAUCUACUUAGAAGGUGACAAUGAGCACAUACAUAGCUUGUGCAUUGAUCAUCUCGGCACUAGAGUAGUACUAGAAAACCAGGAACUUUAUGGAGCAUCAGUGGCAGUGGUAGUAGUAGCAGUAGCAGCACUAGCAAAAGGUUUUUCGACAGUUGGCGCAGUAGAAGAAGAUGAACAGGCGCUUGCUUCGCUCGCUACGCACUCUUUGUGUCCACGGCGGCGGUGGUAGUGCAAAGGGUCGUCGGGACCAGAUGGAACGGACCGAAACGGCGAGAUUGGCUGGCCAGGCUGCAGCUCUAGCAACUUCCUGUGAUACAAGGACGGAUGCACAGCGGCUGUAGAUACCAGAAAGAUUUAGAAAACAACAACAGGAUGGAGGGAGAAAGACUUGAGCUUACUCGUCGUUUCAGCUUGAAGCGCCGCGAAAACCAUCAAGAGAGCGAUCGUCGUCGUCUUCCACAUCUUUGCGAAAGAGAAAAAACGCGCAGAAGGACGUGAUGAGGAAAACAAAAAGAG